AUUCAAAGGUAGUUAUUUUUUGACAUGACCUGAUUAGAAUGCCAUGUAUUUUGCCCAAUCAACAACCAUUACAUUUUGCAUUUUGCGCCAAUCGUGUAGAACACCACACACCACAGGGCGCAGUGCCCCAUCCACAGGGGCUGUAGUUCUAGAUUCUAGUUACCAACAUCACGCUGUCUUCAACCUUGAUUCGUGGGCCCGUCAAGUCGGAGUUACGAGAAUAUUGCAAAGGGAAGGUGACAGGGAAACUGGAAAUGCUUGUGAAUGCUUCUGACCCAGGGGAGUAAUUAUACUGUCCACCAGCAUUGCCCCUCAUAGGGCGAUAUGGAUUACGAAAGACGGGGUGGUCGUGGAGACCGCAUGGGUCGCUAUGGCAACAGUCUUCCUGAUCAUGACUUCAGAGACAUGGACUACAGAGGUUAUGGACAGGACGAGGCUGAGCCAGAGGCUGGCUUCAAGGACCGCUCAAACGAACGCCUGUGUGGCCGUAACAAUAGUGUUGGCGGCCCGGAAGACAUGCCCAACCCACAUCAGUACUCCGACAGUAGACCCGGCUUCCAGCAGAACAGGGGGAUGCGAGGUUCCAACAACAACCUAGGGAACAGACCUGGGAAGACUCCCCCAAGGGGGGGUCCCCAAUCCCACCAGCCCCCCCAAAGCCAGCUCCAACAGCUGGCCCAGAACCGGUUCCGACCCGAAGAGCGUGACUUUGGAUUUGAUCCAGAGCCCAAGGGACUCCUCAGAAGAGACCAGCCGCCCUUCAGAGGGCAGAAGAACUUCCCAGAGAACAUGGGCCUCCUUCACCCGGGAGACAAACAGGAGAUGAAGGCAGCGGGGUGGGGGCCGAGGCCCGGGGCAAGGCCCUUCCCAGGGCAGGAGGAGCGGGGUGGAGGACGCAGAGGCGAAGAGGACCAGUUUGGCAGAGACAUUGGCCACAGAAAGGGCUUCUCUGAUAUCCCCCAGGGUGGCAACGGCAACAGAGAUGCAGGUUUCAACGCCGGGGGCAACAGAGAUGCAGGGUUCAGCGCCGGGGGCAAUAGAGAUGCAGGUUUCAACGCCGGGGGCAAUAGAGAUGCAGGUUUUAGCGCCGGCGGCAACAGAGAUGCAGGGUUCAGCGCCGGGGGCAACAGAGAUGCAGGGUUCAGCGCCGGGGGCAACAGAGAUGCAGGGUUCAACGCGGGUGGCAGCAGAGAUGCUGGUUUCAGCGCCGGCGGCGGGCCAGAUCUGGGCCUGGAUGACGGCGAUCGCAUCGACCAGGACUACCGGGCCGAGCUGGACCAGAAGCCCAGCAACAUCAUCAUGCUGCGCACACUCCCACCCAACGCCUCCGUCAACGAGAUCCGCAGCCUGUUGCAGGAGCAAGGGAUCCAGCCUCGUGAAGUUCGCCUCAUGAGAAAUAAGUCUUCAGGUCAAAGCCGAGGAUUCGCCUUCGUCGAGUUUAAUCACUUGCAGGAGGCAGCCCGAUGGAUGGAGACCAACCAGAGGGUGCUCCAGAUUCUCGGCCAGCGCGUGUCUAUGCACUACAGCGAUCCCAAGCCUCGGGCUAACGAGGACUGGCUCUGCAAUAAGUGCGGAGUGCAGAACUUUAAAAGGCGUGAAAAAUGUUUCAAGUGCAGCGUUCCCAAGUCAGAGGCUGAGUUGAAACUACCCCUGGUGCAGAAGGAUCUGCCCCUGGGGCAGCUGAAGGACCCUGCCCAAGGCCUGUUGCCCCUGCCGGCCCUCUACCAGCCCGCGGCCCCUCUCCUGGCCCUGGGGGCUGCUGCUGCGGCACAGACAGCUGAGCUGGCCAAUGACACAUUGAUCUUGAGGAAUCUGGGGCCCCACAGUAGCGUGGAGGCCAUCUUGUCAUCGCUGGCUCCCUACGCCACGCUGUCCCCCUCCAACGUGCGGCUCAUCAAGGACAAGCAGACCCAAGCCAACCGGGGCUUCGCCUUCCUGCAGCUCUCCACCAUCGUGGAGGCCUCGCAGCUGCUCCAGAUUCUGCAGGCGCUGCAGCCUCCGCUGGCCAUCGACGGCAAAGUCAUCAGCGUGGAGUUCGCCAAGGGCUCCAAGCGCGAAGUGUUCCUUAAUGAUGGGAAUCGGGUCAGCGCCGCCACAGUGGCCAGCACAGCCAUAGCAGCAGCACAGUGGGCUGUCUCACAGAAUGCCCAGCUUGCGUCGGGUUUGGUGCAAGGUGGCGAUAUGUCCCUGUACCAGCAGGGGGCGAUGCUGUCCAUGUUUGGGCAGGAGGGGCCCGAUGGAGCGCUGGCCGAGGCUGUGGCCCAGAGGGGCCUGAGUGGAGUGGCAGGCACCAGCCUCACCACCACCCCCGGCCUCAUGGGGACCUACGAGGGAGACAUCACUGCUGGAGCCAUGACAGCCGAAGCAAAGGUUCCUAGCACUGCAAUCACUGCUGCACAUGCCCAACUGAUCUCCACGUCAACAUCUGCGCAAUCCAAUCAGCAGACGCCUGUAACUACGACCGUGGAGAUCAUUGGUAAACCGCAGCCUGCCACUCCUAGCCAGCCUGCCAUGCCUGGCACACCGGCAGAGCUGACCCAGUACCCUGUUCCGGACGUCUCCACGUACCAGUACGAUGAGAGCUCUGGGUAUUACUACGACCCUCUCACAGGCCUCUACUAUGACGCCAGCUCACAGUACUACUACAAUUCCCAUACGCAGCAGUAUAUGUACUGGGACGGGGAGAACAGGACGUAUGUGCCAGCGCCCUCCCAGAGCGACGGUGCGGCGAGCGCUGCAGAUCCAUCAUCUCUGGACGCCGCUGGUAACAAGGACAAGAAGGAGAAGCCCAAAACCAAAACGGCUCAGCAGAUAGCAAAGGACAUGGAGCGGUGGGCCAAGAGCCUGAACAGACAGAAGGAGAACGUGCGCUCAGUGGCCUCCGGGGCCUCCACCAAUCCCCUCGCCCGAAUGGCUGGACAGGGUCGCCCUGACGACCGUCGAGAAUCCGCCAGCGCAGACGCCGGAUACACCAUUCUGGAGAAGAAGGGUGCCCUAUCUGAGAGGCCUCAUAUUCUUCUGGAACAGAUCAAACCUCCAGAGGAGAGAGAGCGUUCUCCUCCUCGCCCCCUGGUGGCAGCGUACAGCGGUGAGACAGACAGCGAUGAGGAGGGCUCGGAGCGGGAGGAGCGCCUGACGGACUGGUCCAAGCUGGCCUGCCUGCUGUGCAGGAGACAGUUCCCCAGCAAGGAGGCUCUCAUCCGACACCAGCAGCUCUCCGAGCUACACAAGCAAAACCUGGAGCAGAGGAGGGCUCGCCAAUCCCAGGAGGGGGCAGGGGGAGUGGAGGGCGAGAUGCGAUACCGAGACCGGGCAGCAGAGAGGAGAGACAAGGGGAGCCUCCUGGGGGAACCGGAUCCCAAGAAGUUUAAAUUCAACCCCAUAGACGGCCCCUCAGGCAUCAGUCUUGGAGCCCGCAUGCUGCAGAGUGGAGUGAAGAAAGGCCUUCUAUUACGCAACACGCCAACAGACUGAUCCCCCCGCCCCCCCUCC